AUGCAAAUUAUUUUCAGAACUGCUCCAAAUUAUUUUUGGUUCUUUAUAAUUUGGUGUAUUUCGAAAAUUACUCAGUACAUACUGAAACAGGAAAAGACAGUUUGGGAAGUGAUUUGGGAGAGAAGUCUAAUAUAUUUUGAUAACGAUGAGUAUAAUUUAUUCAUAAAUGGAAUCUUUUUAACAACCUCUAUCGGAGGACUUUGGUUAUUAGCACUGUAUACAUUUUUUGAUUUUACGCAAAAACCAAAAUUUAUCCGAAAAUAUAAAGUCAAUCCAAAUACACACGAGCCACCAGAUCUUAAAGGAAUGAUGAAGAUUCUUAUUCUCGCUGCAUUUAAUGCAACCUUCAUCACAAAACCAACUUUUAUUUUAAUAUUUUAUGUUCUUAAAUGGCGGGAAUUUCCAGACAUUCAAGUUUUACCAAAUAUUCAAACCGUCCUCAUCUCAUGCUUCAUAAGUGAUCAUCUGUAUGAUGCUGUUGUUUAUUGUGUCCAUCGCACCCUUCAUCACAGAUUCUUUUACAAGAGCAUCCAUAAGUUGCAUCAUGAAUAUAAAUCGCCAAUUGCUUUUGCUGCACUUUACUCACAUCCGGUCGAGCAAGUCUUCCAGAAUUCACUUCCACUAUGUGCUGGAUUAUUUGUUUUAAGAUGUCAUAUUGCUACGGCAUGGAUAUACAUGAUAUCAUCAAUGUUUUCUUCUACCAUUACUCAUUCUGGAUAUCAUCUGCCGUUCCUUAAUUCUCCUCAAUGGCAUGAUUAUCAUCAUAUGAAAUUUGACUGCAACUACAGCACAAUAGGACUAAUGGAUCGGAUAUUUGGAACGGAUAAAAUGUACAGGAACUCUGUAUGUGAAAAACGUGAUGAGCUUUUGAUAUCCUUCAAAUCAACUAGAGAGUUGUAUCCAGAUAAAAAUUAAAGAAUCAUAAAAGA